AUGAAUCCAAUUCAUAAACUUUCGAGUGAGGCUUUUCUUCCUGAACUGGAUAUAUUUACAGUCCCUGCUACUCAAAAAUCCAUUGAGAGAGGGUAUGAAACUCAGCAUAGACCCGUUUCUGCCUUAGAUGCUAACAGCCACAUCGAUUUUCAUAUACCAACAUCUAAUGAUGAAUACAUACUCUUGCACGAAACUUACAUGUAUGUGAAAAUGCAAAUUGAAGCUGCGAAAAAUGAUGAAAAACCAGUUACUGCUGAAGAUUGGGAUACGAUAACCCCUACCAACAAUUUGCUUCAUUCGAUGAUCAAAGGAGUUACAUUGUCAAUUGGAAAUAAAGAGGUAAACAUGUCAAAUAAUUUGUAUGCCUAUCGUGCAUAUUUCGACAAUCUUUUAGGUUUUUCAUCAAGUGCAAAAAAAUCACACCUUGCAUCAUGUUUAUGGAUGGAUGAUAUUGACAAAAGAAGGAAUCUCUUCAAACCGGCUGCCGGGGGUUCGAAAAGUAAAGUUGUAGACCUCUAUGGUAGAAUACAUAUAGAUCUUACAUUCCAAGGUAAAGCUCUAGUUGGUGGUUGUGAUCUGAAAAUUAAAAUCAUACCGCACAACAUUGAUUUUUUCAUGAACUACCCUGAAGGUUAUAACUUGAAUCUGAAGUUAUUGGACUGUUCAUUAUACGUUCAUAGACUACGAGCAAAUCCUUCACUUCUCUCAGCACACACAAAGGCUCUUGCUAUAGCCUCAGCUAAGUAUCCGGUAACUCGUGUAGAGUUAAAGCAGAUAGCUAUACCGAAUGGCUCAAUGGAUGCUAUGCUUGAUAAUAUUGUUAUAGGCCAGCUACCAAGACGCGUUUUCAUCGCAUGUGUAUCAAAUGCUGCUUAUAAUGGAAAUAGAUCAGUUGACCCUUUUGUAUUCAAUCACUAUGAUAUAUGUUAUGCAGCGUGUUACUAUGACGGUGUUCAAUAUCCUUCAAAUGCCUACCAACCCGAUUUUGGUAACAAUCUUUACGUUAAGGAAUACACUGGGUUAUUUCAAAGCAUGAAUAUGAACUCUACUGAGACCACUAUUGAUAUUACAAGAGACGAAUUCAGUAAUGGAAAGACUAUUUUUGGUUUUAACUUUGCACCUGAUCUAUCCAAUGGGUGUGGUGUUGUUGGUCAUUUGAACUCUAUAAAAAGAGGUACAUUACGAGUCUAUUUGCGCUUUAAGAAACCUAUCACUGAAGUAAUUGACGUCAUUCUCUACUGUGAGUUUGAUAAUUUAAUUGAGAUCGAUGGUGAACGAAAUGUAACAACAGACUAUAAUUAA